AUGACAGCAGCCCCCUUGAUUGCAUACUCCAUGAUGGAAAUCCCAGCCGCGGGUGAUUCUAUGGAGAUGGCCUCGCCCUACCAGGGGCAGGCUGACGAUUUUGACAUCGACAUCGACCUCAUGGAGGACAAUGUCUCGAAUAUGGACAGUGAUAUGAUGGGUGCAGAUGAAUUUACAACUACUUCUCAGCCUAACGAACUCGACAAUGACGCGAUCUACGAUGCCGACAUGGCCGAUGAACCCUCCGAAGGGUCGAUGAUCGACGCUGACAACUACGCCGAUGAAAACAACGACAUUGACGUGCAGUUUGAGGAAGAGCCAUACGAAGAAGAAAUGAUUGAAACUGAUCAGGCCGAAGACGUCAAUAUUACCGCCCCCGUCAUUCAUCUUGAACCUGCGGACAGCAAUGAAGACGCUGCCAGCGCCAUUAACAAGGAUGCCACAAUCACACCCGUGGAACCUCUCGAAGCAGCACCUCAAAGCUCGAGUGGCUCUGUCGAACUUGCCCCCGUUCAAGACGAAGCCCAGGCUCCCGGCCUUGAGGCCGAGACUCAGGCUCAGCGGAGCACGGCUGCUGAUGACCCUGCUGAGGAACCAUCCGAGAACGUCAUCAGCCCCGAAACCGGCGAUCAUCACGUAAAUACAGAUGUUGGUGAAGAGGCUAACAAGAUAUCACAACCUUCUGUGUCAGAGACUGAGGUACCCGAAGUUCCCAACGACAGCCUAGAGACCAGUGAAAUCAAACCUUCUGCCGAAGAUUCCCACGUUGAUGCCGCUGCGCACCCAGAGGCGCAGGCUGUGUCUGAGGGGAAUCACCAAGUUGCGGAUGAGGAUGGAUCUGAAUCUCUACAACAGGUCACAUACAUAGAUGAACCUCUUCAUCCAGGAGACUUGGCGGAUACAUUCUUUAUUGAAGAUGAAGCUUUAGCUUACGACAACAUUGGUCAAAUAUUCAAGGCUCUGCGCCAGGUGCUUCAAAGAACCAUGACAGGCAACGAGGUCUUGGUCAUCGAUAUUGACACCCUCGGUAUCCAAAUGACAGAGGACUCAUUCCAUACAUCUCAAGUAACCUUGCAUCAGAUCCUAGAUCUUUACCUUAGACUUUGUCGUAACGAUGGCACUACUGAGCCCGAUGCCCUUUACCUUACACUGAGCACCAAGCGUGCGUUCCCGGCUGAAAUCGCAGAUCUCAAUGACGCCGCAAUCGACGGCAAAAAGCUUUCCGAACUUCAUGCCGAAAUUCAGUCAUGGGAUGAAUAUGACGAAGCCGAACCAGGUUCUGAGGGGGAUCUUGACGCCCAUGGAGCCGAGGAACAUGAAGACGAAGCCUACUACACCACCGAGGCCCAAAAAGAGCUUUCGACCACAGAAGUGCAAACGGCUCCAGGGCCUGGAGAAGAGCAGGCGCUAGAUAGCGAACAGGCUCAGGUCCAGCCCGAAGUUGUCUCUGACGGUCAACAUGAGAUCGUGCAUGCGGAGGAUGAUAAUAGAUCUACCUCCAGUGAGCGGGGUGCCGAGGCCGCACCUGAGUCUGAAUCUCAUCCAGCCCAGCCCGGGAGCAAAGAGCCAGAUCACUCUGAUGUGUCUCGCCAGCUUGAAAGAGGCCAAGACCAAGAUCAAGGAUACAGUCAUGACCAUGGUGAUACGAACGAAGAGCACUAUGAUUCCGAGGGCCCGCAAAGUGAUUCUACUGCCACGGUGGCUGCACUGCCUGGCGCAAGCGAGGUCAAAGAGCAUACCCAGCAUGUCCCUCCGGCUGCGGACGUCGGCACAGAUCAAAACGACGAAGAGGAAUAUUACGGAGAGGACCACGAGAACGAUGAUCUGGGAAGCGAAGAAUAUUACGAGCAUGAAGAUAUCGGCUCGGUCGAUGAUUCAGAGGCUUUCCAAAAAGAUAUCACUGGCAGUGAAAAUGCUGAUGUUGAUGCUCAAGAACCAGCUGAUCAUGCGUCUGUCCUUGAUGAAGAGGACACAGAUGAGUUAGAUGCCCCGCCGACAGACGAAAUUGUCUCGGAAGUUCCUGUGCAGGAUGAUACCAACCGCCCUUCCCAUGACCAGCCGCGUGACAUCGGCUUGCAUGACGCCUCUGACAAAAAGGAGCGAACACCAGAGCCUGCAGAUGAUUUACUUGGAAUCGCUGUAGACCUGAUGCAGACUCCUCCGAGGGAUACAGAGAACGAUUCCCUUGAUCACUUUGAGGGCAUAGACUACGACGAACCUGAGGAUGAACUCGAGGCUCAUGUUUCAGCUGAUGAGGGUGCGGAUGAUCACGAGUUUGACGAUAACCAUUUUGGCGACUAUGACACCCAUUUUGAAGAAUCGGAGGCUGUAGAGCUGGUUGGAACAGACCCUUCCUUGACCGACCCCCAAACCAACCAGAUCCCGUCUGCCAAACGGUCUCGGGAAGAUGAAGACGACUGGAACCUAGUGGAAACCACUGUUGACACCAAACGUCGUCGCUCUUCGUAA